AUGUCUCCUUCGCCCGCCGACACUCAAGUCCUGCCCGCUGCAGCAGUCCCUGACUAUAACACGGAUGGCAGCAACAACGAGAGCGGGAGCGAGCACCUCGAGCCCAUCACUCCCACCAGCGACGCUCAAUCCAUCCCCUUUCCCCAACCCGGCUUUGACUCUACCCCAAUCAAACCCGACGAUAUGACAGUCGCAACACUGCCACCACCGCAUGCCGCAAUUCCCCGCGAUACCCCUGCCCAGCGCGGCGGCCUGAAGAAAAUCAGCACAAUCGUGCGCAAAACCAUCAAGCGUGCUGACUCGAAACGGAACUCCGUCGUCGACGUCAGCCCCGAGAGCGCCUCCUUCCCCGACGAGAAUGAGCCUCCUCAAAAACCUCCUGUCAUCCGCACCCGGCGCAUCAGCUCCUGGUCCCGCUCCGCCCGCAACUCGCCUAAAUCCUCCCACUCCAACAGCCCUCCCUCUCCUAGCUCACCUACCAUUACCUUCCAGGAACAGAACAAGGGAGGACAGACGUCGGACGCUAGCGGAUUCCCUCGGCCGAGGCCAGGCAACACCUUCGACUCCUUCAUGUCGAAGACCGAAAAAUUCGGCCCGGCCUCCAAGGCGAGCCGGGCCGGCCGCAGAAAAAGAUCCGCGAGCGUCGAAUCGCUCCCCAAGUCAAAAGACGCCACGCUCCCAAUGUCGCAACCCGCCGGGAGGGCCGCCGAGGGCACUGGCAUGAAGGCCCGCCGCCUCAGCACCUGCCUGCCAGACGAGUUCUUCGUCGACCACUGCGAGCUGGACAAUGAGUUCAAGAGCACGAGCGCAAUCCCCUUCCGCCGCGGCCGCAAGCUCGGCGACGGUGCCACGGCCGAGGUGCGCGUUAUGUCGCGGAAGGGCGGGCCAAGCGACGAGCUGUACGCCGUCAAGGAAUUCCGGGGCCGCGACAAGGACGAGUCCGAGGACGACUACGUCAAGAAGAUCAAGUCCGAGUACAGCAUCGCCAAGAGCCUGCACCACCCCAACAUCGUCGAGACAGUGCGGCUGUGCACCCACAACGGCCGUUGGAACCACAUCAUGGAGUUCUGCUCGUACGGCGAGCUGUACGACCUCGUCAAGAAGGGCCUGUUCGUGCCCGCCCAGGCCGGCGGCCACUACAAGGCCGCCGACCGCCUGUGUCUCUUCAAGCAGCUGUGCCGCGGCGUGUGCUACCUGCACGACCACGGCAUCGCCCACCGCGACAUCAAGCUGGAGAACCUGCUCCUCGACCGCGCCGGCCACCUCAAGAUCACCGACUUUGGCGUCUCCGAGGUCUUCUCGGGCGAGCACCCGGGCAUGCGCGCCGCCCAGGGCGAGUGCGGCGUCGACAUGGGCGAGGUACGCCUCUGCAAGCCGGGCAUCUGCGGCAGCCGGCCGUACAUCGCGCCCGAGGUGCUUGCGAAGAAGGGGCCCUACGACCCGCGUCCCAUGGACGUCUGGUCCUGCGCCAUCGCCCUCUUCUACCUCUCCAGCCAGGUCCCAUGGGGCGCCGCCGACCCCGACAAUGACGUCAAGUACGCUGCAUACCUGCACAACUGGAACGACUGGCUCGCCCGCCACCCGGACGGCGACCUCUCACGCGAUGACGCCGCCCCCGACGCAAAGGACACGGCCCCCAAGACGUCGCCGGCUUUCCAAGGCUUGGAUAACCCGUCCGUCAAGCGCCUCAUGAUCCGCAUGCUCUGCCCGUACCCCGAGCGCCGCAUCACCAUGCGCGAGGUCCUCGAGACUGCGACUAUGCGCGCCGUCGAGUGCUGCACGCCUGAGAACUACUGCGACGAGCUCGCCGCCCCGGCCGUCGUCGAUGCGAGCAGCAAGAAGGGAUGCAAGGCUGCGCGCCAGGCGGUGGUGUUGAAGAAGCACAAUCACCUCCCGCCCAAGGAGAGCAGGAUCCCGAAGGCGCUGCAGCAUCGGUUUGAUAUGGGGCAUGGGUGGUAUUGA